AACUCCUGGCUACAAUUCUCCCAUGGAUCUGAUGGCUCUACUCUUCCCACUUGUCAAUAAUACCACGUAGGCAUCCGACGUGGCCCUCCCCAUUCCCCCGAAAAUGAUACGUUCUCCUUUUUUUUUCUUUUUUGAUAUGUCUUUAACCUUAGGGCAUUUCUUUUUUCUUCUUCUUCUUCUUUCUGUAUCACUUCCCUAAGUCCACCAAAGUUCAAAUCAGUUCUCUGUUUCCAUUGAAACCGCACAAUACUCUAAGAAAUUAGCAUCUGUUCUUUGUGUUGGUUUUUUUUUUCUUUUUUCUUUUUUCUUUUUUAUUGUUGGCCCACUAAAUCGAUAUGAAUGGCGAGGGGAGCCGAGGAGAAGAUGAGAUCGUGGGGAUGGAAGAGGAUGUUAAGGACAACAAGAUUGUUUUUAUGUGGGGGUAUCUUCCUGGAGCUUUGCCUCAGAGGUCGCCCUUGCUCUCGCCGGUGGUCGUUCGACUUCCGGGAAAAGAUGCUACUGACGCUCAUGGUUGGAGGGAUGUUUGUGGUGGUGGCUGCGGCUUCGCUGUAGCCAUUUCUGCAAAUGGAAAACUCAUUACAUGGGGCGCAACAGAUGAUCUUGGUCAAAGCUAUGUGACGUCUGGCAAGCAUGGGGAAACUCCAGAGCCUUUUCCUCUUCCAACAGAAGCUUCUAUAGUAAAAGCAGCUGCAGGUUGGGCCCACACUGUUGCUAUUACAGACAGAGGAGAAGUCUACACGUGGGGAUGGAAAGAGUGUGUUCCUUCUGGAAAGAUGUUUACCGAUCUGUCCGCUGGGGCUGCCUAUGAAAGGGAUGUAUUAGAGAGGCAGUCUUCUUCCGUGAUAGAUCAAGCCCUCGUUUACAAGCUUCACGAUCUAGUGGUGUUGUCUCCAGUAUUGAAGCUAGAGCUGGUGGAGCGGAAAGUACUAAGAGGAGAAGGGUUUCAUCAGCAAAGCUUGCAGCUGAGAGUUCGUCAUCAAGUGAUGAGACUCUCUCUGCAGUUCCCUGUCUUGUUACUCUUAAUCCUGGAGUUAGAAUCACCUCGGUUUCUGCAGGAGGGCGUCAUACAUUGGCUUUGUCAGUUUACUAGAAUAACAUUAAAUACACAACAUAUAAUGGACCCUAAUGUCUUCAGAGUUUCAGAUAUGGGACAGGUCUGGGGUUGGGGCUAUGGUGGAGAAGGACAGCUAGGUUUGGGCUCCCGCAUUCGUAUGGUUUCCUCUCCACAUCCUAUACCUUGCAUCGAGUCCUCUUCUUUUGGCAAAGAUAGAUCUGCAGCUCUUGCUCGAGGAAGUGCAAGCUUAGAGGGUCAAGGUAGUAGAAUUCCUGGAAGCUAUGUGAAGGGAAUUGCUUGUGGAGGGCGUCAUAGUGCAGCAGUGACAGAUGCGGGGGCACUGCUGACGUUUGGUUGGGGGCUGUACGGACAGUGUGGGCAAGGGUGUACAGAUGAUGAGUUAAGUCCAACAUGUGUGUCCUCAUUACUUGGCAUCCGGAUCGAGAGUGUCGCUGCUGGACUGUGGCACACAGUCUGUAUAUCCUCCGAUGGUGAUAUAUAUUCAUUUGGCGGAAAUCAAUUUGGGCAGUUAGGAACCGGUGCUGAUCAAGCCGAGACACUUCCAAGACUUCUAGAUGCACCGAGUGUGGAAAAUGUAAAUGCAAAGGUUGUAUCAUGUGGGGCUCGUCAUAGUGCUAUAGUAUCAGAGGAUGGAAAAGUGUUUUGCUGGGGAUGGAACAAGUAUGGCCAGAUCUUAGAAGCCUCCACUUACACACUGCAGCUAGGUUUGGGUGAUGUAAUCGACCGCAAUAUUCCAGUCGAAGUCCCAAUGGAGAAUUGCAAUUCUAAAAACGUCGCGUGCGGAUGGUGGCACACCCUUCUUUUGGCUGAAUCACCCACCUAAAUUCCUAGCCUCUAUCCUAGCUUCAUCAAAGUUUUGUUAGUUUAGCUGGCCCCUUCUUUGAAAAUGGUAGAUUCAUUUUGUAAAUGCAUAGACAAUAGCUCUUUUCAUCCAUAUGCAUGUACAUUCAUCAUUCAUGUAUGUACUCAUUCUUUAAUGGUCAGAGGCUAUCAUAUUAGGAAGAAAUUUUACAUAUAUAAAUGCUGAUGGGGACAGGAGAUACCAGUUCCUGAUUGAGGUAGAUUAUUUGUAUACCAUAUAUUAUGAAGUUAGAACCAUAAGAAAGACCAUCAUUCUCACAAGUUCACUUUCCUCUAGAAUUCAAACUGUUUUAGGCUCUCCUAUAAACUCUGUACUUCAGUUCAAAAGUGAUGAUAACUUUGACAGAUGAUUUGAAGAAUCUUGAUGUUAUGUCAUAUAAUAAUUCUUACUAUAA